UCCAACAGUCACUCUGUAAUGGCAAAAGGAACACUGGCUCCAGCGCUGACUUUAAUGUGCUUCCUCUUUCUGCUCAACUUUGUUGUAAAUCUGCUCGCAGCCAGCUGGAUUCCCAGAUCUCUCCCUUGCAAUGUGCGUAUACAGAACAAUGGAUCCUCCAUCCAAUUGGACUGCAGAAACCACCAUCUUAAAAGUGUCCCUGGUAACAUUCCUUCAAAUACGACCGGUCUAAAUCUAGCAGGCAAUCAGAUCAUGAAUAUUUCCAGUUACUCCUUCUCAAAGCUCCAAAAUCUAAUCAAACUAGAUCUGGGUUAUAACUGUUAUCCUGGGAGCACAGCGUUGAAUCCAGAGAGUAGGGGCAUGGUCAUUUCAGAAGGCAGUUUCUCCUCACUGGUAAAACUACAAGAAUUGCACCUGGAUGGAAAUCACCUCUUCCAAAUCCCGAGGGAUCUGCCAUCCAGUUUACGACUUUUCAGCCUCAAUGAAAAUAAGAUUUUAAAUAUAACAAAUGAAAGCCUACCAAACCUGUCAAACAUAGAAACACUUCUCUUGUCACGGAACUGUUACCAUCGCAACCCCUGCAAUGUGAACAACCAUGUGGAAGAUGGCGCACUUUCACAUUACACAAAACUGAAGACUCUCACUCUUGACUUAAAUAAUUUGACUUCUGUUCCUCGUAACUUGCCAGCAUCUUUAAGAUCGCUCUCUCUCUCUUCCAACAAGAUACAAACCAUAAAUAACAAUGAUUUCAGUAGUCUGGUUAAUCUGGAGUUCCUUGAUUUAAGUGGAAACUGCCCCAGGUGUUACAAUGCUCCGUAUCCUUGUGAACCCUGCCCUGGAAGAGCUUCCAUUCAGAUACAUCCUUAUGCUUUUCAAAGACUUGCAGAAUUGAAAAAGUUAAUUCUUUCCAGCAACUGUCUCAGAAAAUUACAAAGCAGCUGGUUUCAGAACUGUGCCAACUUAAAGGUUCUUUACCUUCGCCUUAAUUUCCUUACUUCUGAAAUUGCUACUGGUGAUUUUUUAAACCACUUGCCUGAACUGGAAGAGCUUGAUAUAUCAUACAAUUAUGAAAUAAAAGCUUACCCAAAAUAUGUCAAUCUUUCAAGGAAUUUUUCCAAAUUAGUCUCCCUGAGGCAAUUGCAUAUUGAGGGGUAUGUUUUCAAAGAACUUAAUGAAAGGGAUCUUAAACCACUGUACAGUCUGCACAACCUUACUAUUCUAAACUUUGGUACAAACUUCAUUAAACAGGCAAACUUAAUGAUCUUUAAAAGUUUUACAGCACUAAGUUUAAUAUAUCUACCAGAAAAUAGGAUAUCACCUCCAUCAGGUGAUGAAGAUCUUUUUUAUGGCUUGAUAUACAAAGGUAAGCAUUUUCCUUCCAUAGAAUCAAGUUUUAAGGAUUCAUAUUUACAACUUGAAAAUGGUAAUCAGGGUCAUGAAUCCCACAAUACUAAUGAUGAUUUCAUCCGAGGACCAACAAUAAAGUGGCCUUGUCAUUCUUAUGGGAAGACAUUGGAUCUGAGUUCAAACAAUAUUUUCUUCAUCAACUCGAAGCAAUUUGAAGGCUUUGACGAAGUAAGAUGCCUGAAUUUGUCAGCAAAUACUAUUGGACAAGCUUUGAAUGGUACUGAGUUUACGACCUUGCCUAAUUUGAAAUAUUUAGAUCUCUCCUUUAACAGAAUUGAUCUAGCUUAUGAUAAUGCUUUUAAAGAACUGAAGCAACUAGAAGUAUUGGACUUAAGUUACAACAAGCACUACUUUAUUGUUGAGGGUGUCACGCACAAAAUGGGCUUUAUCAAAAACCUUAAAUAUUUGAGAGUAUUAAACUUAAGUGAAAAUGCCAUCUUCACCUUGACAGAAUCAGGGUUGAACAGUGACUCAAUGGAAGUUUUAGAAUUCAAGGGGAAUCAUCUGGAUGUCUUAUGGAAGAAUGAAGACCACCGUUAUAUAAGAUUGUUUAAAAAUUUAACUAAUUUAACAUAUCUUGAUUUAUCCUCCAAUCACCUUCAGUCUAUUCCAGCUGAUGUUUAUGAACACUUACCAUGUAACUUGACACAUCUGUCUUUGAGUCAUAACAAGCUAGAGGAAAUUAGUUGGGAUAAACUACAAUUUUUGAAGAGUCUGCUGACUUUAGAUCUCAGUAACAAUGAAUUAACCUCUGCCCCCGAUGAACUCUAUAAGAACACGAAAUCUCUCCAAAAACUUUUACUUGGAAAAAAUAGAAUUCAUGAACUUCCCUUAAGUUUUCUUACAACAGCAAAUAGAUUAAAAUAUCUUGAUUUAAGUAAUAACAAAAUUACAGCUUUCAACCAAUUAAUUUUCCCUAUAAACAAAAAAAUUUUCCUGGAAGUACUGAUUUUAAAAGGGAAUCCAUUUCAUUGCACUUGUGAACUUGCACCAUUUAUUGCAUGGAUUAAUACAUGUGACCUGGAUAUUCCUCAACUGGCCACUGAUGUUACCUGUGAAUCACCUGAAGAUCAUCAGGGGCAGAGUAUUAUUCUCCUUGAUCAGCAUGCAUGUACAAUGGAUGAAGUUGAAGCUUCAUUAUGUUUGGCUUCUGCCAUUAUAAUUGUUUCCACUAUGGUUAUAAUGAUUACCCAUCAUCUGUUUUACUGGGAUGUAUGGUACUUUUAUUACUUCUGCACCUCUCGAUUAAAAGGGCAUGGCUAUCAUUCUCUUACAAUGCAGAACUGUUCCUAUGAUGCAUUUAUUGCUUAUGACACUUCUGAUCCGGCUGUGACAGAUUGGGUUGUCAAUGAACUAUUAGUUCACUUAGAAGAUAAGGGAGAAAGGCACUUCUGUUUAUGUUUGGAAGAGAGAGAUUGGGGCCUCGGCUUGGCUAUUGUUGACAAUCUUUCUCAAAGUAUACAUGGGAGCAAAAAGACUGUAUUUGUGCUCACAAGAAAUUACAUCAAGAGGGGAACUUUCAAAACAGCCUUCCAAAUGGCUCACCAAAGACUACUGGAUGAAAACGAAGAUGUGAUUGUACUGAUCCUGUUAGAGCCUGUUUUAAUAAAUUCAAAGUAUCUGAGACUGCGGAGAAGAUUAUGUAGCAGCUCUGUGCUGCAAUGGCCUAAAAACCCUAAAAGUGAAAGUUUUUUCUGGCAGUGCUUAAGAAACAUAAUAGCAACUGACAAUCAGUUGAGAUACAAUACAAUUGCUGAGUUCACUUAA